AUGAAGCUGCCGAGGCUUCGAAUCAUUAACCUUUCCAAGGGUCAUCCUCACCAUGAAGAGCCUCCUUCAUACCCAUACUUGCACAUCCGUAACAAGGAGUUCCCUUGGAGGCUCGAGACUGUUGAGAUGGUGCUGGUGUUGUUUCCUCGGUAUCUUGAACAGUGGGUGGUGCUGGAGGGCUCAGGUCAGUCGGUGCAGGUGCUGGUGCAUGAUGAUGUCUGUGCCUGUGUCGGUGCUUAUGCUUCCUUUUCUUGUGCAUACCAGAUGCUGAUGCAGGUGAGAGAACCAAAACCUGGUGCUGGUGCUGGGGCUGGUGAUGCAAUAGGUGGUGGUGGUGGUGGUGGCAUUGGCGUUGGUGGUGCCGUAGGUGGUGGAAUUGGUGGGGGAUUGUGUGUGCGGGAGUGGGUGCCUUUAUUGUUGGGGCUGGUGUUGGUGGAGGCUGUUGGACAGGUGCAGGGGAUGCUUGUGGUGGAGGUAUAA